CGUUCUAUACAGACUUCUCGUGAAGGCAGAAUAAGCCUUGCUAUCGCAUCUUAUCGUAAUAAUCCAAAACAAUCUAUUCGUGCUCUCGCAAAAGCCUUUGAUAUACCACAAUCUACACUACACACGCGUAUCCAUGGUACGCUCUACUCGCCGCGCGUGGCCAAAAUCCACCUCCAGCACCUAUUGGCAAGAAGUGGGUGUCGCGCUUUAUCCAGAACCAGCCAGAGCUCCAGACAAAGUGGACUAGAAAGUUUAGAGCCAGCGCGCUCUCUCUGA